AUGCCGCCGACCAAGGACAAGAGCGGCAAGCCCGUGCCCACCGCCAUCGUAAAAGAGGGCGGCCUCACCCACCGUUCCAUGGGCCGGGGCCUCCUCAACACCGACAACCUCCCCGCCCUCCAGAACCUCCUCAAACGACAGCCAGACGCCUACGUCGAGGAAUUCACCGCCCAGUGGAACCACUACCAGAGUCUGCGCAGCAUCUUUGCCGCCGACCUCGCUCUCGACGCCGGCGUCGCCGCUGCAUCGCUCGAUGUCGGCCCUCAGCAGGGCGCCGCCGCCGCCGGUGCCAUGGCCGCGCCCAAGAUCGCAAAGGACCAGCAGGUCAAGCUGGUCCAGCUCAUCUCGUUUGUCACCCAGCUCGCGCCCUCGUACCCGGACAUUACCGCGCCCCUCCCCUCGCACCUCUCCGACCUCCUCCUCAACCACCAUGCCGCCCUCACCCCCGACAUCCGCGUCGCCUGCCUCCGCUCCCUCAUCCUCCUCCGCAACCGCGACGUCAUCACCUCCGAGGCCCUCCUCCGCACCCUCUUCCCGCUCCUCACCAUCACCACGUCGUCGUCGCUGCGUACCUCGGUCCAGGCCACCAUCCUCCAGGACCUCAAGAACGCCAACCUCAAGGCCAAGAACCACCGCCUCAACCGCGUCGUCCAGGGCCUCCUCUUUGGCAUCGUGCAGCAGGGCAUCGACGCCGUCUCUUCGGGCGCCGGCGCCGCCAGCGCGCCCCUCCACGGCAAAAAGGGCCAGCUCACCGGCAAGUCCGAGGCGCUGUGGGCGGUGCGCCUCGCCGCCAACCUGUGGCGCAAGGCCAUCUGGAACGACGCCAAGACCGUCUCGCUCCUCGCCCUGGCCUGCUUCCACCCGCACCCGCGCGUCCAGUCGUCGGCCAUCCGCUUCUUCCUGGGCGACCUCCACUCGGCCGAGGACGAGGCGUCGGACGACGACGAGGACUCGGACGGCGGCGCCGAGAUCGAAAAGAUGAAGCACCAGCGCAAGGUGGGCAAAAAGACGCGCAGCGGCGACAAAAAGAUCAAGGCGGCGGCCAGCCAGGUGCGCAAGAAGCGGCGCGCCAAGCAGGAGGCGUCGGUCGAGGGCAGCACCGGCUCGGACGGCAACACCAACUUUGCCGCCCUCUACCUGCUCAACGACGCCCAGAACUUUGGCGAGAAGCUGUUUGACAACCUCAGCCGCGGCGACCGCGAAAAGCGCCACACGAUCGAGAUCAAGGUGCGCAUGAUGCAGCUGCUGUCGCGCGUCAUGGCGGCGCACAAGCUGUGCGUGCUGAGCUUCUACAGCUACGUCGUCAAGUACCUGGCGCCGCACCAGCUCCACAUCACCCUGAUCCUCGUCUCGCUCGCCCAGAGCGUGCACGACCAGACGCCGCCCGACGUCCUGACGCCCGUGGUGCGCAAGAUCUCGGACGCCUUUAUCCACCCGGGCGUGUCGUCCGAGGUCGUGGCGGCGGGCCUCAACUCGAUCCGCGAGAUCUGCAAGCGCCAGCCGUGGGCCAUGGACGAGGCGCUGCUUGAGGACCUCAUCUCGUACCGCCGCUCCAAGGACAAGGGCGUGGCGGCGGCGGCGCGCGGCAUGCUCUCGCUCUACCGCGAGGUCAACCCGGGACUGCUCAAGAAAAAGGAGCGCGGCAAGAUGGGCACGCUCGCCGUCGCCGAGGGCCACACGGCGCUGCCGUUUGGCGUGGCGCAGGACGAGGUGCGCGGCAUCCGCGGCAUCGAGCUGCUCGAGAAGCACCUCGAGGAGCAGCAGAGGCAGAAGGCCGAGGACGGAGAGGGCGGCGCAGGCGGCGACGAUGCCGACGGCGACGACGAUGCGGCGGGCUGGGAGGGCUGGGAGGCCGACUCUGGGUCCGAGUCCGAAUCCGAGGACGGCUGGAUCAACGUGUCGUCGGACGACGACGACGGGGCCGCCUUCCACCUGUCGGACAGCGACAGCGACGACGACGAGGAGACGAAGCGGGAGAAGAAGAGCGCCAAGGACAUGAUGCGGGAGCGGCUGGAGCGGAAGCGCGAGGAGCGCCGGCGGAAGCGCGAGAGGCUGGCGAGGAAGGCGGCGAGGCAGGAGCGGCGCGACAAGGGCGAAGAAGUCGAGACGAGCGACAGCGACGCGAGCGGCAGCGACGACAACGACGACGACAAGGGCGAGGGCGAGGGCGAGGGCGAGGGCGACAAAAAGGCGGGCGGUGAGGUCAAGGCGGGCGACGUUGAAGCGGCCACGGCGGCCGUGUCGGCCGAGACGGAACGCAUCUCGACGCUGGCGACGAGCAAGAUUCUGACGCCGGCCGACUUUGCGACGCUCAACGCGCUGCGGAUCACGCAGCUCGAGACGCUCAUCUCUACGGGCGGGCUGGCGGGGGCGCGGGCCAAGCGGGAGCUCGAGACGCUCAAGCAGGGCGCCAAGAAGCGGGCGGCGGGAUCGUCGUCGCUCAACGCCGACGGCGUCUUUCUCGACGAGGGCGAUAUCCUCGGACCGCGCAAGAAGGCCAAGGCCGACUACGAGGAGCGUAUGGCGUCGAUCGAAAAGGGACGCGAGGACCGCGAAAAGUACGGAAGCCGAAAGGGGAAAAAGAACAAGGAGGGCGGCAGCUCGACGACCAACCGCGAAAAGGAAAAGGGAAAGAACUUCCAGAUGGUGGCCAAAUCGUGGGGCGUCCGGAGCAAAAAGAAGGCGUCGCUGCGCGAAAAGUCGAAAAAGCUGCGAAAGCACAUCGACAAGGCCAAAAAGAGGAUGAAGUAG